AUGAUGCACCCGUCGCGGCAAGCGUAUGUCGAAGACGCCCAAGAAAGCCGGGGCAUCAGCCUGGACGAGCUUCCUACCGACCAUGACUACGACCUGCCCACGGCGACCGCCGGCAUCGCGCCGGAAAAGGCCUCGGCCAUCCUCUCUCAGUUUGACCGCAAGCGUUUGGCCGCGAGCAUAGCGGUCCCAACCGACGAUGGACGUGUCCGGGCCAAGCUGCGUGAGAUGGGUGAGCCUGUCACACUCUUUGGCGAGGGCCCUGCGGACCGACGAGACAGAUUACGCGAGCUCAUGACGGUGCAAGUGGAAAAGGCUGCCGCAGCCGGCGAGAGCGCCGAUGUGGAUAUGGAGGAUGUGCCCGAAGACGAGGACGAUGCCGAGGACCAAGAGGAAGAGUUCUACACACAAGGCAGCGAUGAGCUGCUGCGCGCCAGACAAGACAUUGCGAGGUUCUCGCUUCCGCGCUCAAAGAAGCGUCUAGAAAGCUUAAAAGAGGACAGCACAAUUCAACUGCGCACGCACGUCAAAUUCAGAAAAGAAAUCAGGGAGCGCAUAAAGCCCUUUGAGUUACAAGGAAGUCAGACAGCCGGCGACAGGCACGUCAGUAUGACACGAAUAGCACCAAAUGGAAACUUGGUUGCAGCCGGCAAUUGGGGCGGCGGUAUCAAGCUCAUCGAGAUCCCUAGCAUGGAGGAAAAGGCCACACUACGGGGCCAUACAAAUAAGAUUGGAGGACUAAGCUGGUUUCCAGGCGCAACUUUACCAGAGGCAGGUGUCAGUCAAGAAUCGGUCAACCUAGCCUCAGGAGGCGCGGAAGGACAGGUCAACCUUUGGAGCCUGACGAAAGAUACACCAUUAGCAACGCUACAAGGACAUGCCCAACGCGUUUGCAGAGUAGAGUUCCACCCUUCAGGUCGGUACCUGGCCAGCGCAAGCGAAGAUACGACGUGGAGGCUUUGGGACGUGCAGACGGCCCAAGAGCUGCUGCUUCAAGAAGGCCACGCCAAGGGCGUCUUUGCUGUGAGCUUCAAUACCGACGGCUCAUUACUAGCAAGCGCGGGCCAGGACAAUAUUGGUCGAGUGUGGGAUCUGCGCACCGGAAGGACCAUUAUGAUCCUGGAUGGACAUCUAGAUGGACACAGCAAGCCAAUCUACGGCCUCGACUGGAGUUCUGAUGGACAUCGACUGCUAACAGGUUCGGCGGAUGGAUGGGUCAAAUGCUGGGAUGUGAGAAAAGUAGCAAGGACUGGCGGCAUUGGAGCGCACACAAGCGCAGUGGCAGAUCUCAGAUGGUAUAAAGGCCUAGACGAUCCUCUGUUGGGUACAGUCUCGCCAGGGCUGGACGAGAAGGGCGUGCGCCAGCCAAAGAAGACGAGCACCAUUUUUGUGACGGCAGGAUUUGACAAACAGGUCAAGGUAUUCUCUGCAGACGAUUGGUCACUCAUCUCAACGCUCGAUGGGCACACUGGCCCAGUUGCCAGUGUGGAUAUAAGUCGAGACGCCAGAUGGAUUGUGAGUGGCGGACAUGAUCGCACAGUCAAAUUAUGGGGUCGUAACGACGGUGAGGCGCUCUGA